AUGGGAGCAGGGCGGGUGCUGCUGGUGCUGCUGGUCACCUGCGCCAUGGCGCCUGCCAAGGACCCGCUGCUGAGCACCUGCAUGGAUGCCAAACACCACAAAACCAAGCCUGGCCCCGAGGGGAUGCUGCAUGACCAGUGUGCUCCCUGGAAGGACAACGCCUGCUGCACCGCCAACACCACUUCAGAAGCCCACAAGGACCAAUCCAACCUGUACAACUUCAACUGGAACCACUGUGGGCUGAUGCCGCCCAAGUGCAAGCGCCACUUCAUCCAGGACACGUGUUUGUACGAGUGCUCGCCCAACCUGGGGCCCUGGAUUGACCAGACUGACAGCAGCUGGCGUCGGGAGAGGAUUCUUCACGUGCCACUCUGCAAGGAGGACUGCGAGGAGUGGUGGGAGGACUGCAAGGACUUCGUCACCUGCAAAGAGAACUGGCACAAGGGCUGGAACUGGGCAACAGGAACAAACCGCUGCCCCUGGGGCUCCAUGUGCAGACCCUUCAGCCACGUCUUCCCCCAACCGAAGGACCUGUGUGAGAAAAUCUGGUCCAACUCCUACAAGUACACCACAGAGCACCGGGGCAGCGGGCGCUGCAUCCAGAUGUGGUUUGACCCUGCCCAGGGAAACCCCAAUGUGGUGGUGGCGAAGUACUAUGCCUGGAAAAAGAGAACCUCCCCUUCCCGCACGGAGAACGUGACUCCCGAGGCAGGCGACGCGGCGUGCGCUCUGCCGUGGCCCGUCCUCGUCCUGCUGCCCCUGGCCCUGGCGGUGGUCCCUGCAGGGCCCGGGGGCUGUGGCUCCCACGGGUGGGGGCUCCCGUGA